AGUUUGACAACAGCAACACACAACUAAAGAUGAUCUCAAAGGUACUGUGCUUCGUUGCUCUGGUGGCUGCAGUAGCCGCUCAGUCCGACCACGGCCACGGCCACCACCACGGCUAUUCUUCGCAGCACAUCUCGCGCCACGACGGCAAACCAGAAAAAGUCACUGUUCACGUAAAAGACAAACACGGACACGAGCAUGAAAUUCACGAUUACUACGCCUACCCUAAAUACGAGUUCGAGUACAAGGUGGAGGACAAGCACACCGGCGACCACAAGACCCAGCACGAGCACCGCGAUGGAGACGACGUGAAGGGCUUCUACUCGCUGCACGAGCCUGAUGGUUCCGAAAGAAAAGUCGACUACCACAGCGACAAGCACACUGGUUUCCACGCUACUGUGAAGCACAGCACUCAUCACCUGGUACUGUGCUUAGCCGCUCUGGUGGCCGUAGUGGCCGCUCAGUCUGACCAUGACCACGGCCACCACCACGGCUACUCCUCGCAGCACAUCUCGCGUCACGACGGCAAACCAGAGAAAGUAUCUGUUCAUUUACACGGACAUGAACAUGGACACGGUCAUGAACAUCAUUAUGAUUACUACGCCCACCCUAAGUACGAGUUCGAGUACAAAGUAUCAGACCACCACACCGGAGACCACAAGACCCAGCACGAGCACCGCGAUGGGGAUGACGUGAAGGGCUUCUACUCCCUGCACGAGCCUGAUGGUUCCGAAAGGCACGUCGACUACCACAGCGACAAGCACACCGGAUUCCACGCUACUGUGAAGCACAGCACCCACCACCUUGUCCCUGAAAAGCACCACCACCAUCACCACUAAGAAAUAUUUAAUUUAUGUCGUCUUACUUCUUGUUCUCAUGUUAUUAAUGUUAUUGUAUUUACAUAAUAAAUAAAUGUUACUUCUUUAUUACA